UCGCGUGCGGAUCAUCUUUUUUCUUUCUUUUUCGUUGAUUCAAUUAAGUCAACUUUCUACUAGCUGUAGGGAGAAAGAGAGAAAAAGAGAAAAUGUUGGACAAAGGGAAAAUGAGGAAGGGAGGCCUACUGACCUACUUGUUGCCGGAGAGAGGAGGAUGUCUAUCGUCCACUCCGCCCUCUUUUUUUCUCCAGUGGAGGGGAGUCGCGCAAUUUCCUACCUGGGCUUCUUCUUCGUAUACUUUCUAACUCUGACUUGGAAAAGACUUGGACGGACGUUAGAGCUCUCUCCAUUCUUCAGUCGCCUUCCAGCUUCCGUGCUGGACGUGUUGUGCUUCACUCGCCGGAUAAUCGAAAACACAUUUUUUUUUCUCGAAAUGCCGUCCACAUUAUCUCGUAGUUAUUCCGUGCCAGUGAGCUUUGUCCCACAACCGACUCGUUCUGUAGAUGCGUCAUCCACCAACAACAUGAAUCAUCAAAUUGACCCGAAAGCUGUUGGCGCUCACAGGCCAUUGAGUCGUCGCCGUUCUAAUCCUCCAGGCAGCCCAGAUUCUGAUGAGGGCAGCUUGUUUGGAGCUGAUUCGCUAUCAUCGUUAUCUUCUCUGUUGACCAAUCAAUUGCAACAACACAAUCAUUCAUCGUUGAUGAUGCAAUUGCAUCGUGGUCAUCGUAAACUGGACAGGAGCCACAGCGAGCCGGUGGUUGAUCGAUCGCAACAAUUGGCUCAACAGCAACAACAAAAUCAACAACAAUCGAAUUCGAGUCGUUACAAGACGGAACUUUGCCGACCAUACGAAGAGAAUGGAACGUGCAAAUACGGCGACAAAUGCCAAUUUGCUCACGGAUUUCACGAACUGCGCAGUCUCAUCCGCCACCCGAAAUACAAGACGGAACUGUGCCGCACUUUCCAUACCAUCGGCUUCUGUCCCUACGGACCACGCUGCCAUUUCGUACACAACGCCGACGAGGCCCGCAACAAUUCGCCGCCGCCUCCGGCUGUCAAGAAUAACAACAUGCAUCGCGGUAAAUUCACUCUUCCGGCUGGUGGAAUGGGUGGCAACGGAUCGACUGCUGAUUCCCCAUCGCCUCCAUCGUCGUUGAGCGAAUCGCCAACUUCAAUGAGCACUUUCUUCUCGGACGACAUGUUUCCGGGUAACCCAUUUUCGCCCAUGGCCCCUCAGUCUUCGUCUGGAUUGGGAAAUGCGUCCGCAUUCCUUUUUGGCGCAUCAACCGAUUUCGUAUCGCCGCUCUUUUCAUCCGCCAAAGGCAACACUUAUUCGUCUGGAUUUAUGAACAACAAUAACAACAACAACAACAAUAAUAAUAAUAAUAAUAAUAAUUUGAAACGUCCAGUUGUUUCUACUGGAAGCAGCAAGUUUAUUCCGGAACUUGAUUCACCUUCUCCGGUGGGUUCUUUGGCUUCUGAUCUGGAUUCUCUGAGUCUGGGUAGCAGCAGCAACAGCGCUAGCCCUCCUCCAUCAAUAUCAAGCCCCAUGGAUACUUCUCGAGCUCUCCGGCUGCCUAUCUUCAGCCGCAUCUCGGAGACGCUGAACGAGGAUUAAAAACGACAAUUUCAAAUAUUAUGAAAGGACAAGGGGGAUUAGCGUAUCAACAACCACAAGCUAUUUACUAAUCAAUUUUUUUUUCUCAUCUUCUUGAGGUAAUUUACACUUGAAAAGAGAAUCCGGAAGUGCGUGGGGUGCGCGUUGAGAGAGCGUGUUUGUGUGGCCUUAUAUAUUUUCGAUGCCACUGUGAUAGAAAAUCGAUUCAGUUAUACCUUUUUGUUUAAUUUUUUUUUCCAAGAAAAAUCAGACCAAAACAUGCAAAAGAUUUUUUGACUUCCCUGACCCCUUUCCGAAUUUUUUCGUUUUUUUUUUUUCAAGGGUGUGUCGUAAGUUAUGUUAUUUUGACCAAGAAGAACAUUGUUCAACCCUCCUCCCCCUCCAAACCGCCCCACCACCCGGACCAAAAAAAAAGCGCGUGUAAUUCCCCCCAUUUCAUCGUCGUAGUAGGUGUUAUGUUAUUUAUGCAGUUUAUUUAUAUCUG